UUUAACAGGAGACAAGAUCGACAGUUUUGCAAGUAUAAGACGUGACUGGAAGAAGUAUGAUCCAUUUUAUGAACUGAUUUAGUGUCUUGAUUUUUUCUUCUGAUGGUUGAUAUUAUCCGGAUCUGAGAAACAUGUCAAAAUCUUCAGAUCAGUUUGACAGCUCGGACUGCGUGUGUUCUAUAGGGAUGAAGCUGACUUGGGAUAUUAACGACCCCAAACUUCCGCAGGUAAUGAAGCAGUAUGACGUGUUCCAGGAGUGGACGGACGGAUAUGUGCGUUAUAUCUACAGCUGUGAGGAUAAAAAUGCACAGAGACACCUGAGCGGAUGGGCCAUGAGAAACACAAACAAUCACAACUGUCAAAUCCUGAAGAAGUCUUGUCUUGGAGUGGUGGUAUGUUCACGGAACUGCUCUCUCCCAGACGGGGCCAAACUCCAGCUGAGACCGGCCAUCUGUGAUAAAGCACGACAGAAACAACAAAAAAAGCUUUGCCCGAACUGUAACUCAGCUCUAGAGUUGAUUUUGUGCCGAGGUCACAGUGGUUAUCCAGUCACCAAUUUUUGGAGAGUUGACGGAAAGGCAAUUUUUUUCCAGGCUAAAGGAGUCCAUGAUCACCCUAGACCAGAGAGUAAGUCUGAUACAGAGGCAAGAAGGAGCGCAGUGAAGAGACGGAUGUCUUCACCUCACUUCUCACAGAAAAGAAGACUGGUGGAGCCAGAGCCUGGGCGCUACUACGAUAUGGCCUUCCCAAAUAUCCACCAGCUCACCAUGGAGGGUCCAGACCGCUUCAGCAUCAUUGCAGAGUCCAACUUGCCAAUCCAAACCCAACACUACCCUCCGUUCCAAAACCCAGAGCCCUACAAGUUCCCCUACGACACGCACACCGCCGUGGCCAUGGCUGAUGCCCCAAGCGCACUGCAGAAGCCUGCCAACCACUGUCUGUAUAUGACUCGCCCCCCAUGUGGCUAUGAUUUCACAGUUCCAGGAUACCUCGGCUCAAGCCCUUAUCCAACGUCACUGUACAAGGACCCUGCUAGCCCACAAUCUGAGAACGAACCUAAUAAAUCUGGUCCCUGUCUGAGCGGAGUGUCUCACGGCACAAGUACAUUAGCCAGCCAUGAGCGAAACUACGCAGACACCACGGGAAAACAUCACAGCUGGAAGCAGAUUCUUGGUAAAGGUGCUUAUGGGGAGCGAGGAGACUACCCUCAGCUGCAGACCAAUGGCAACCACCACUACUACAACAACGACUACCCAUGUAGGUACACAGGACCUGCUCCCGCUACCCCGGCUGCGCUCCAAACCAUAAUAACCACAACCACAAAAGUGUCCUACCAGCCGUGCCCCAAGCCAUCUGUUGUCAAGUACGGAGAGAAUAUUUAUGAUGUAAAGGGCCUGUCUAACUGUAACUCGCUCUUAGAAGAGGCCUCUCCUAACUCUACCUACUCUGACCUGAAGAUUCCUGAAGAUUCCGGAGUGAUAAAAUCUGCCCUGUCGUACCAGGACACGCUUCCAGCUAAAAUUGAGAGGGCCGAAAACUUUGAGGGCUAUCGCUACAGCAGUUACAGCUCAAAUAGUUACCCUGAACGGAUGUCACAUCCAUUCAGGUAUGACAGCGGAGAAUACUGAGGGACUCAAAAGAGAGCUUGAUUUCGUAAAUCAUUGCAUUUUCACGUGUGCAACUCAUAAUGCAAUGCAAGAACGAGUUGAAUUUUCAGCAUUGCCUCAAAGAGUAGCAUUAGGGAAAACUUCUUUGUUUUGUUCUGUGGUCAAUUUUCCACUUUAGGUCAACCACUGUGAAGGUGGUGCAACAUUUUGAAGAGAAUCUUGCUGAGCGAGCAAGUUAGUUCAUUUAUAAUUAAUUAAUAGGUUUGCUUUGGUGACUUUUCUUGCCUGUAGAGAAAAGACAAUAGCAAUUGAGUGUGAGCUGUGAAGGAUAUAAUUUGUUGACCCUCUAAACCAGAGGUAUUCAAUUAAUGUUCCAAGAGGUCCAGUCUCUAAAUUUCCUUCCCAGCAAAGGGCUGGACAGUAACUUAAAACAAUAUUGGUGUCAAUAUUCAGUAUGGCUAUGAAAUGACAUAAGAAUUAGCUAAUUUUUGGAAUAGUUAUUAUAAAUUUCCAAGGUGGUAGCAGUAGUACUUUGUAAAAGUGCAAGAAAAAAAACAGUCAAAGAAGUCUUUUCAAAACUUGGCAAGGAUUAGGACAUUGGGGGCCCAGAGAAAAAGCCCAAGUAAUUGGGUCUGGUGGAUCUUCUUCCAAAAGAUUAUUUUGUGACUGAGGAAAGAUACUGUGUAGAGGUUUAGGGGUAUCUCCCAAUAAACAUUUUUGAAAAUGUAAAAGUCAGAAUGAACCAUUUUUCUAUUUUCCUUAAAGUGAGAAUCUACCAACAAAAAACGAACAAUGGUCUGACUAUCGAAUUAUGGAAAAGUUCUCAUUGGAACUCCACUAUGCUACUAUCUAGUAAAAGUUUUUGUUGCUUUGCCUUGCCAUCCAUACCAGGCAUGACAUAUUUGAUUUAUUUAAAAAUUGUUAGAUCUAUUUGUCUUUAUAAAAGGAUCAAAACAAACAAACGACAAAUAAAGCUUUAUAGUCUAAAGGUGCUCUGGAAGCAUGUUGUCCUAUCACAAACCUGGCUCAGCUGAACUGAGUCUGAUCAGACAAAUGAAGAUCAAUUAACUUUCAAUCUAAUUUUCUGCCGUAUGUUUUAACAAAAAAUGCCCCAAAAUAUCCAUCUAUAUUUCUGUUCACUUUAUUUUUUUCAAACGGGCAAUGGGUGUGGACCGGGAAAGAGUAUAAAUGAAGCGUGUUUGGUACUAGAGACAAAUAUUUGAGGAUACAGCUCUGAAAGAUCAGUGCUAUCUAUGCCCUGAGUGCUUGCGGUCUACACAGCUCCGUUGUUUUGUCACGCUGCUCACUUUAAGUGUAGAAACUGUGAGAGGGGGCUGAAAACAGCCAGUGAUUUGAGACUCAAUUAAAUUAGACAUAUCAUUGGUGAAUGACCUAAUAAAUGAAUCAGAGAUUUCCAAACUGAAAGUACGACAUGCCUCUUGUUCAUGAACAAGGAUCUGUUGACCGACUGAAAAAGAGGAUGAAUUAUAAACAUGAUUAAUCACCAAACAUUACAGUGACAUAAGGAUGUUAUUGACACAUUUGCAAAAUGAUAGAUAGGCCUAUGCUUCGUUGUCAUUUGUGUGGGAAAUUUCUUAUGGUUCUUAAACACUCAGCUGAAAUUUCUAAGUAGAUUGUUUAAGGCACGGUCACAUUUAUCUUUGCUCGAAAUACUACAGUAAUUUCAAUUGUAAUCUACACGAGAAGGCGAAGAAUUUCCCCUUGCGGAUUGCGUGAUUCAUUUUUGGUGAACUUUGACAGGCAAAUUUGCCGUGUUGACCAAUAGGAGGUUGCUUGGUUUGGCAGUGACCUCUGUUUGGGCAGUGCUUUGUACAGAGCUACACUGAAUUUUCACAAUGGACAAGGAUAAUAUUUUAUCAGCAAGUAUCUUUUUAACACCACUCUCACAGAGUAUAAAGUGCUAUAUUAAAUAUAUUAAAUUUUGCUGGUUUCAUACCCACUCAACAUCCUCACACGGCUUUUUUGUGUAAAGGCAAAAGUGACUAUGCAUUUAGACUUGUUUUGGUGGAGAAUGACUCUUUGGUAUGCAAUGACUCACUCAAAACACAUAAAUGAUGCUCAUUUGUCUCCUCCUACUGGUGCAAAGGCAUAAUUUGCAGAAAUAUUAAUUGAAAGAAUCAGUGAGCGAAUUAUGAUUUUUGGUGAAUGGAUUCAAAAGGCUCCAGUUCAAUCAAAAUACCCACCAUAUUAGUUAAAAUUUCUAAAUGUUUUUAACUAACUACCUAAUAUUAAAACAUCCAGUUUAAUAGUGCAGACUUUUGAAGCCCCCUUGAGUACUUAAGUUUGUCACAUUACAUCAGCGCAAGAGCACAAUUUACAAUGGGACUGCAAGCUUACAAUAUGAUAACCAAGCAUUUGCGUCUGUGUUAAUAUAUUUUGUAAAGUAUGGUUCAAGCCAUAGAAAUGUGUUGUUAUUUAUAUUCAGUAUUUGAUUUGUUCAGAUGUCUUUAGUUUUAAAGUGAUUUUUGUGUAAAUCUUUGACAUGUAUUGAUGAAAUACAGUUAAAUCAGUGUUGAGUAUAUUUCUAGUUUGGUUAAUUGCUGUUGUCUUAGAAAUAAAUAAAGAAAAGUAUGUCAAA